CUGACUUCCCUUGAAGCAACCCCAGGCAGGUCUGAGAAUGCUCAGUGGUACACGCUGACCUGCAAUCAUGGAGGCAGAUUGCUACAAGACACUGGCACAGCCUGCACCCCCUUUUCUGUCUUGCCUGUCUCGAAACCACACUCUCCUCGGUGCAGUCCAUCAACGAAAUGCGUGUCUGACCACACUCAGACCAGUUUCAGCGCCUCGCUGCCGCCCGCCAAUCUCUACUCUGCCUCCUGGGGUCUUCUCCCAAUGUCUAGCCCCCACCUAAGGGGACCUAGCCGAGCCAGUGGGGACCGGAUCUGAAGGGUGGAGCGGCCAGGUGAGCCCUGAAAGGUGGGGCGGGGCGGGGGCGCUCUGGGCCCCACCCCGGGAUCUGGUGACGCCGGGCCUGGAAUUUGACACCGGACGGCGGCGGGCAGGAGGCUGCUGAGGGAUGGAGUUGGGCUCGGCCCCCAGAUGCGGCCCGCGGGCUCUGCCAGCAACAAGUCCCUCGGGCCCCAGCCUUCGCUGCGACAGGGGCUCGGAGUCCUGCGCCCGAGGUAAGCCAGCCUUCUUGCCCAUCCCCUGACGGACGCUCCUAAGGGCAGGAGAAGGGCUAGAAAGGGCUUCUUCCUCCCCCUUUUCCCUCAGCUUCUCUCUUCUGGGCCCUCAGCGCCGCUCUCUGUCCCUCCCAGUCCCUCCAGUCCCUUUUGUCGCUAGCCUGUUGGAGUGUGUUAGCCCUCCUGGUUGGCGGUAAUAUGAGGCUCCCGCUGCCGCCACAGGGCACAGACCGGCUGCCAAGGCCCCACUUUUGGCUAAAAGAGACGCUGCCAGGUGCACAACUCUGGACAUGACCCAUUUGAGCUUCGAGGGAAAGCCCAGCACUGGUCCCAGAAAAGGUGCCUAGAAGGACUCGGCGCAGGACCCCUUGCGGCCUGAAAAAGAGGGUGGGGAGACAGGCCCGGAAGGCUGAUGGGAGCUCCUGGUGUUGCCAGAGAUGGAACCGGGACUUGGAGACCCUACUGCAUUGCCCCACUGCCUCCGGCCUAGGUGGCAGCCAGCCUUGUGGCCAACCCUAGCUGCUCUUGCCCUGUUGAGCAGCGUCACAGAAGCCUCCCUGGACCCCAUGUCCCGCAACCCCUCCACUCGUGAUGGUCCCUCGCCGGUCCUGGCGCCCCCCACCGGCCACCUGCCUGGGGGACGCACUACGCAUUUGUGCAGCGAAAGAGCCCUGCCACCACCGCCACAGUCUCCCCAGCCCGCACCCCCGCCGCCAGGUCCGGUGCUCCAGUCUCCUCCCGCUGCGCUCCGCGGGGCACGCGCCGCGCGUGCGGGGACCCGAAGCAGCCGCGCGCGGGCCUCGGAUGCGCACGGCUGUCGAUUGCGCUCGCAGCUGGUGCGGGUGAGCGCGCUCGGCCUGGGCCACAGCUCCGACGAGCUGGUUCGUUUCCGCUUCUGCAGCGGCUCGUGCCGCCGAGCACGCUCCCCGCACGACCUCAGCCUCGCCAGCCUACUGGGAGCCGGGGCCCUGCGGUCGCCCCCCGGAUCCCGGCCGAUCAGCCAACCCUGCUGCCGUCCCACUCGCUAUGAGGCCGUCUCCUUCAUGGACGUGAACAGCACCUGGAGAACCGUGGAUCACCUCUCCGCCACUGCCUGCGGCUGUCUGGGCUGAGGAUGGUCUCCAAGCCUUUGCACACUGGACCUUUACCCAUGUGUUGCCCUGCCUAGAACAACCUCACCGGGCCUCAUUAGCCAGGAACCUCAGCCGGAAAUGGAAGCUGUAGAACUAGUCUCCAGGCUGGUGAGUGGCAGACAUCAAGCCAGGAGAGAUGACCUAACCACUGACCAACAGCUCCAAGGCGCUCAUGGAUCCCAGCUCUCCAGACACCAGAAACCUCAGCUAAGGAGAACUCCUCUGGGAGCAUCCAGAAAUGGCCCCAGGCCCUAGGGAAUGAAACAUUGUACUCACGUUGCUGGAAGAGCCUGUGCUAAAGCUGAAGCCCUAUUUAUUAUUUCUAAAUUAUUUAUUUACUUUGCUGGUUUGUCAGAUUUUUUUUCCUGGACACGGGGGAUGGGUGAAGAGGCUGGAUGAAGAUGUGCCCAUACCUCUCCACUUCCACAGUUCACACCCUGCCAUCAGUGUUGACCUGGAUAACCUACUGCUGCUUUCCCCUCGGGUGGCGCUGAGAUGGGAGGCAUAGAUGGGUGACAGAGAUGCAGUCUUCAGCACUUGGGGCCUAGGUACCUGUGGAAAAAAUAAACUACAUAGCCUUCUGUGGAGAAAGGCUGCCCUGUGACCACUGGCACCUUUGAGUGGUCCUGCUUAGUGGGUAAAGACACCGAAAACCAAGCUUUGCCCUACCCCAUCAAUGUUGGUGUUUUACCAUGCAAGGACCUGUCUUAAGGCUCCCAGACAGGUGCACACUCUGCUUCCUUUUACAGGUAGUCAACCCUUGAAGCAGCCCAGGGCAAGAGAACAUCUGAAGGCCUAAGGAUGGGAGAGGGGCACCAGGGUGCUUGUUCAUGGGAAGGAAGCACAGAGCUUCUUGGGGAUAGGAAGACAGGAAGGCACUGAAGCAGAUUGUGAAUUUUGGGUGAUGAACAAGCAUAUUCAUGUAUUCACCCAAUAAAUGUGGACAGUGAAAUGUCACCUACUAUGUAGACAGUAAAGAUGCAGAAGUAAGGCUGGCUGGCUCAGUUAGUAGGGUGCUUGCCUAGUGUGCUUGAAGCCCUUGGUUUGGUUUCCAGCACCACAAAAAUGAUACAGGGCACACAUGCCUAUAAUAUCAGCACUCAAGAGGCAGAAGCAGAAAUUAUUC